AUGGAUAACCGGCAAAACUUCAACAUGAGUAUUCGCAACGUCGUCAACACCACGCCCCAAUCACGACCAUCCGACUACCGCGGCAACCCUGAAAUUCGUCCAUCAGGCACCUCGGGCACCUCGGGCACCCAACACUCUUAUCGCCCUCCAACUUCAGAGUUCACUUUUCGGCAUCCCGUUGGAUUCAAUGUGCCGCGCCAAUUCGAGAGCGCAAACUACGCUACCGGCGGGCAUGGUGACCAAGCCGCUAUGACGUACGAGGGCACAAAUUACACCAUGGCCCCUCAAACCUUCGGGGUCAACAAUCAAAUGUAA